CCAGAAAUAGACAAGUUUGAAUGAUUAACGAUGCUUUUAGGUCUGAAAUGAAACCAACAAAACCAAAAGUUGUUCUAUGUUUUUGAUGUACCAAGAGAACAUGCGUUUUUCGAUUGCAAUCCGCACCUGAUCCCUUUAUGCGUAGGUGACGUUAAUUAAGACAUUGUGUCUCUUCUUUUCUCACUCUUUGCUAUCUUUUGUUAUAAUACACUUUCUGGUCUCACCUUUUGUUUUGUUAUAGAAAGUUCUCUAUAUAAAAGUCGCGCUCACGGUUACAUUUCACUCCGUUCACAGAGCUGUAGAAGAUGGUCAACUUCGGGUUGCAGUCAGCAAUUUUGACGCUUUUAUUUACAGUUGCGGCAACAUAUGAUGACGUCGUCAAAGACUCGCUCAUCCUGAAGCAGUAUGAUGGCCAACCAAGGAGUCGGGAACGGAAUCCCAAACACCUAGAACCACCCAAUGACGACGAAGACGGAUCCAGUUUACAGUUCUGUGUAUGCCCACGAAAACCCAAUGAUUGUGUCUGCGAAAAAGAAUGGAGCAUCCGUUUGUCAAAAGAGGAAAUUGCAAAAUUUCAAGACCAUGGCCUCUUUCAACUAAAUGGGAACAUGGAGCGUGGAUUCUACAACAAAAGAAGUCCCUACGACCACACAACACUGCCACCAGAAAUAGAAAGAUUGGAUCCUGGCCAUGUGUUCAGAAUAAUAUACGUAAAUCUAGAAACGGAGGAAUUGAGACGCCAGUUUCCGGAAAGACAUCGCAAAUUUUUACAAUGACGAAGUCGUCUUUCUUAAUCAUCAACUAUAAUAUUCAACUUAAAAAAGGAAUAUUUAUAGAGAGGGGGUCACGUUGAUUGUGUGCAUAAUAAACAGAAAACCUAAUAAAUAUUUAUUUAUUUGUACAGUGGUUUUUUUCACUUUCCAUGGAACUUUAUUGAUUUAUUUCAAUCCAAACAUAAAUUUGCCAAACAGACAAUGACUUAAACAAAUGUAGGAUAUUUUUCUCAAUUAUUCUUACAUACAUGUAUAUAAUCGGUUAUAAACAAGAGGCCCGGGAACCACAUCGUUCACCUGAGCAAUAAUAGCCAAACUCUGAUCAAUUCAGCACUGCAAUAUCAAAAUGAAUAUAUUAUAACAAUUUAGUACAGUAGACAUAGUAGAGCUUGCGCAAAAGUUAAGAAACUGCCAACUUCUAUCCAGUUAUUUUUUACGGUAAAAAAAAACAAGCUCCUUUUGUAGUUUAGUAUUUGUAGGAAGAUUUUUCUCUAUUCGUAUUCAAAAAUCACCCCUCCAAUUUUUUCCAGAGAAUCAUGAUUUGUUCUAACUUUAAUCGAUACAACCUGUGCUUUCGCGUAAGUUUCAGCAUUUUUUGACGGAAUCAUUUUUCAGAGGAUUUUUAGAUAUUUUUUUCUUAUCUUCCCAUGUAAAACAAUUGAUCCCACCGGCCAUUGUGUCCCCACCCUACCCCCGGGGUCAUGGUUUGAACAAACUUAAUUUACACACAUGAGGAUACUUCCCUGGAAGUUUAAGCUUUAAACGCAAAUUGGUUUUUGAGAAUAUUUUUAAAAAAUUCUCUAUAUUUAGUCUUAUGUAAAAUUUUCACCACAAUUGCUUCCCCACCCUACUCCAGGGAGGCAUGAUUUGAACACACUUGAAUCUACACUUCAUGAGGAUGCUUCCACACAAGUUUUAUCUUUUUUUGGCUGAUUAAAUUUGAGGAGAAGAUUUUUAAAGAUUUUUAUUCUAUAUAUAUUCUUACCAAAACUUGACCACCACCCCCAUUGUUGCCCCACCCAACCCCCAGGGACCAUGAUUUAAACAAACUUAACUUUACACUAUCUGAGGAUGCUUCCACAAAUUUUCAGCUUUUCUGUCCUUAUGGUUUUUUUCGGAGAAAAACUAUAAAGAUUUUCUCUAUGUAUUGUUAUGUAAAACUUUAUAUCCCAUCUUACUCCAGGGGAUCGUGAUUUGAACAAACUUUAAUCUCCACUACGUCUGUUUGAGAAUGCUUCCACACAAAGUUGAGCUUUUCUGGCCAAAUGGUUUUUUGAGAAGAAGAUUUUAAAAGACUUUCUCUAUAUACAGUACAUGUAUUCCUUUGCAAGUAAUCAUCCCCCAUUGUGGCCCCAUCCUAACGAUUUAAACAAAUUUAACUAACACUAUCUGAGGAUGCUUCAACACAAGUUCCAGCUUUUCUAUCUUAAUGGUUUUUGAGAAGAAGACUUUUGAACAAUACGAACAAAUUCUCAAUUAUUGUAAAUUAUCUCCUCUUAAAAGAGGGUGAGACCCUUAUUUGAACAAAAUUGAGUCCCCUUAACCCUGUAAUUGUUCGUGCCAACUUCGGUUAAAAUCUGCCCAGCAGUUCUAGAGAAAAAGAUGAAAUCGUGAAAAGUUUACAACACCGACGACAGACAACGGACAAACCUUACUUUAGCCUUCGGCUCAGGCGAGCUAAAUAAUUACAAUGUUCAAUACCUAGAGUAAAAAGAGAAAGUUUAAAAAAACUCUGUUAUUCAAAAAUAACGAACGGUAAUAGCUGCCCAAUCCUUCAGAUAAUGCAUGGUAGCGAUUGCCAACUUAUUGUAUCUGUACUUCUCGAAUAAAUACCUCAAAAACUGAAGUUAAAGUUUUAGAUGGCAAAUAAGAGGUUCAAGUUACACUAUUAAGCAUGUAUCAUAUGUAUUGCUGUUACCUGUGAUACCAUUUCACCAUUGUCCAACAAUUAUAGUACUAGUAUACCCAUGAUAUUAUAAACAUCUAAAAUUAAUCAAAUCUCUUUUAUGAUAACAAUAUCCACGCAUAAUGUACAAAAACUAUUCCAAUAUACAUGUACUUAAAAUGAACAUUGCUGAGGAGUGGACAUUACUGUAAACCAACUUUUAUUCGCGUGCGAGAAAUUUUCGCGGGGUUAAUGAGAGCCUUAUCGUCGUGAAUGUUUCUCGCAGCGAACCAACCCUUAGUCUAUAGUUUUUAUAACAAUACAGG